UCGCCAUCUUGCCCUUGCAAGACCAUACUCCAUAUCCAUUCUACCUAUCGCUUCAGAUAAAUACCAGUCGUUUGACGGCAGCAAUGACCACGCAGCAAAAUUCCCCAGAGACCAUCACUCCGCUAACCACCUGGAGCUGUACAUCCUGCGAGGCAGUCUUCCACCGUAUAGACCACUACAAGCGCCACAUCGCCUCGCAUAGCACAGACAAGCCUUAUCAAUGUUCAUUCUGCCACGCCCGCUACAAACGAGGCGACGUUCUCCGCCGACACUGGAAAUCCUGUCCCGCACGCCAGAGAACCGGCCACGCCAUUCCCGAACCCCGAACUGGGGGCAAGGAGCGCCAUGCCUGCGAUACCUGUGCCCGGCUGAAGAAGUCCUGUGACGGCGGGAGGCCGUGUCUGGAGUGUGGGAUCAAGGGGAGGGGGUGUACCUAUCGACGGGUGGAUGAGAUUGGUGAAGGGGUGUUCGCGCAGGGAGAGAGUAAUAGUCAGGAGUCGCAGGUAGGGGACCCGGAGGUCUUGCCGUGGAGUUUGGGGCCGCAGAAUUUUUAUUCAUUGCAAGCUGCUAGGGCGAGUUAUGGGGUUUGACGUGAGGGAUGGAUGGGGGGUGCUUUGGUGUAUAGGGUAUGGUGUGGAGGUUGUGUAGAGGCUCUUAGGUUGUGCGGCAGGACUGCGCUGGAUACUGAGUAAGUAGUAAGAGUCAUGGCGUUCUAUGUGAUUAUUGUUAU